UACGUACACACACACACACACACACACACACAAGUAGUAAUUCAGUGGAAGCGAUGGCGUGCGGGUGGAUAACAAUUGUGUUCCUUUCGUUGUAUCAAACAGGCUUCCUCCUCGCCAACUUGACUCCGAACUGCACUCCACAGGAAUUGAACGUGAAACCGGAAGAAAAUAGAGUAGUUCACCAAGAGAUUGUGUCUGGUGAUCACAACACCUCGACAACAUUGUUCAUGCAGUCCAGGCACGACUUCAAGGGAAUAAGUGUGUUAGUGAACAAUAAAGAUAUAACACCUACUUGGUUAUCACCGCAGUACUGCUUUCUGGAUGACACUGAAUGGGUGAAGAUAGGAGUAGGAGUGACAGAUAAGCAAAUUUCAGCCCCUUACGGCCACGUCACAGUGACAACUGACACUUGUAAAUGGGAGUGUGACAUAGCAACGAUAAGAGUACCGACGCGUCCUGUCAUUUUAACCCUUCUGGCUCAUGGCUCGUCCACCUGGCAACGAUUCCCCUCACCACAGUGCUACAACACAACAGACUCCGACUGGGGGUCCAAGACUGAUUUCAUUUGCACCCCCAAGGCCGACAGCAAACCAACAAUAAGAACGGGAUCUGUGUUUUUAGGACUACUGGUGAUAAUGGCAGUGGUGGUGGUGACGGUGGGUGUCUUCAAGACGGUGAUCCGUAGAGGCGACAAUAGCACGUGCCGCUCCAGCCCUCCAGAGCCCAGCACACACACACUUUCGGACACCACCAUACCCUACAAACAACGCCCAGCCUUUAUUCAACGACGUGUGGCAGCCCGUGAAUGCUGGACAACCAGCGACAUGGGGGCACCAGUUAUGGCAACGAGCCUUCCUGUCCACCCACUCGUAAGCCUCGGUGAAAGAAGAACCACUCCAAGAAACACCAAGGGCAUCACGUCACUCGACUUGGAUAUGCAUCACCUCGGCGGAAAGUAACAUGGCAACACCAGCGAAGAGGUGUUCCUUGAGCCACUCCCCAUCAGAAAGCAACAGUAGGCAGGAAGAGGAAUACAAAGGAAUACUACUUCUACCAAACAGCAACAAACCUUCAUGUCCUUACUAAGUUCUUUGGGUAACUAGCAUUUAGUAGGAGAGACAGGAUGGUGGAGGAAGGGAAGGAGGAGGAAGAGGAGGAGGAGGAGGAGAGGAACUGUUUCAUGGAAGGAGCAUCAAGACACCUCUGGAACUAAUUUAACCAACACUUUUAUAACAUUUCUAUUCUCCUCCCAGUUUUUCCUACUUAACACGCAGGAAUGCAGUAAUUGCAGUUGUUGUUGUUGUUCCUGCAGCAGAAGUACUGGUAGUGAAUGUGGAUGUCUAGUAUAAGAAAAGAAGCAAUAAUAGCAACAACAACAACAACAACAAAGCACCAAAUGCCAACUACAUUAUUAACUUUGUUUAGUUAAUAGAGUUUUAUUUGUAUUUUUCUUUUUAAUAUCCAUACUUGCCCUAUUAUUAGUAUUUCCAUUCAUCACAUGGUAGGCUGCUUACAGCUGUACCAGAGAUAAUCGAGUCUUCUGGAACAUUUUCACACAUUGAGAGCAUUAUGUCCAUGCUCUUUCUUGUAAGCAUUUUUUUUUAUUUUGAUUUGUUUUCUAUCUAGUGGGACUUCGUCUUUUUUUUUUCAGUGUAAUCACCAGCAAAACGUCCUUCAUUAAUUUGAUUUUAAUCGUCUUGUAGUACAGUGUGUGUGUGUGUGUGUGUGUGUGUGUGUGUGUGUGUGUGUGUGUGUGUG